CUAACUCACCCACAGAAGUACCCGCAACGACAAUCUUGUCCACGCACGCCCACACACACACCCGCACUUGCACUCCGCACCGAUAAGACUCGCUCGCAAUCAAGACGCGCCGCCGGGACACCCUUAUCUCUCUCUCACCGCCGCUCCCGCCACUGGCCAACCCCCUCGCAUCGAAUCGCUUCGCUAUCGUCUAGCAAUUCCUUGCGCUUCCCACACCCACCCACACUCACACACUCACCUCUUCCAAGGAGAAAAUGGCCGCCACUACUGCCAAUGGCACUAGCCCAACCUCUUCGGUUCCCAUUCACUCCGAGGCGUUGAACAAGAUUGUCAGCGUACCCUUGGUCAAUGCACCUUUGAGCUUCGCCUACAAUACCAUUGAGGCACACCCCGUCUUUGCCAAGCCCUACCACUUUGGAGAGGACGUGGUUACUCAGUCCCUCAAGCUCGCCGAGCCCAUCACCAGUCGCUUCAAUGGCCAGCUUCACUUCCUCGACGAUCAAGCCCUCAAGGUCUUGACCUUUGCCGAAUCCAAGUGGUCCUACCCUUUCAAGGCUACCCCUCAAGAAGUUGCCUCUCUACCCCUCUCCGUCCUUCAAGCUUACUCUGAAGCCCUCUCAAAGGCUUACGAACAACGUGUUGCUCCUGGCGUUCAAGCUGCUACCAGCAAGUUUGAAGAAGUCAAGAGUCAAAAUGCAUUUGUUAGACAGACGGUAGAUGCACUUGGUGGUUUGCAGGCACGAUUGGAAAAGGUACUUGAGCAGGUAAAGAGUACUGGAAAGGCUGGAGAGGAGAAGGCGGCUGGAGAAGCAAAGGGUUUGAUCAACAGCAUCUUUGAAGAGCUCGAGAAGGUUCGCUCUUUCGCCGGCUCUCUCCCCGCCGACGCCCGCAAGCGCUUCGAUCCCGUCGUUGAGACUUUUGGCCAAACGUACACCCACCUGAACAAGGAAGUCCGAGAUGGAUCAGGACCUAUCCUGCCUCGAUUGCAAAAGGUACUGGCUUAUGUUCAGGAAGAGGCACUGCCUGCGCUCAAGAAGGCGGCUGUUGAAGGGAAAGGAUCGGGAGUGGAUGGAACUCCUGCUGGAGCCAAGUAAGAUUGCGAAAUCCGCGUGAGCUAGGCUAAGCUAGGCUAGGCCAGGCCAAGUCUUCGAAAACGCACAGUGGAAGGCAGGACUUGCGUCAGGGCAGACGAUAUCUGCACUGAAAGACCAUGCCACCGCCCUCCACUCUUUUCCAUCUUACCGUUUCGCUUUCCUAUCUUCCCCGCAACGAUUCAGGUCGAGUCUAUGUGUUCUCAAGCCUGUACUCUCGUGUCUCUUCCCUCCCUCUCAUCCUUCUUUGUCUCUUUCUCUGUCUCUUUCUUCUGUCUCGAAAAUUCCAUCAUAGAUUGUCUUGUCUCUUGUCCUGCAU